AUGGUUGACAUCGUUGAAGCCAAGGCGCUUGGAGCCUCGACCUUGUUCAGAAGCAAUGUGUCUUCGUAUCUUCUCUCUGAAAGUCCUAGGGGAAUAAUAUGGAAGGUAGAUUUGCGAACAUCACGUUAUAGCCCCUCGCUUUCUGAAGAAUCCAUGCUUCCCAUCACUGGUGGCCCGAAAAUGGGGGUGAACGGGAUCAAGGUAUUUGAGGAAUAUCUCUACUACGCGAGUGUCACCAAAGGCCGGUUACGUCGGAUACCUGGCAGCGAAACUGCAAGUGCGACUGGCCCUUCCGAACUGGUCAUCAACCAGACUGGAGUUGACAAUCUCGACAUUUCCAAAGACAAAAUUGUUUAUCUGGCGGCCAGCACGGAAAAUCAGAUACUGAAGCUCACCACCCGAGGAAAGAUUCUUGAGGUUUUUGGAGCUGAAAAUUCAACAACCAUCGCUGGACCAACCUGUUGUGUACUAGAUUUGAGUGGAAGUAAAGUCUUUAUUGGAACAAAUGGUGGACAAUUUGCUCCGGUGAACGGGCGCUUUAAGGAGCCGGCAAAGCUUGCUGUUAUCCAAGCUUGA